AUGUCCGAACUUGAAUCUCAUUUCGUUAUCGGUACCAUCGCUCCCUUCUCCCAUGUCCCACCCGUGAUUGAACUUUCUCUUGCACUCCUGACUCACACUUCUGAUCUAUGUAUCUCGGUGAUCCUUCAUACCAAUAAUUUAGAGAACUCCCAAAAUCUCAUUGAGAAUCAGGGUGUAUCGGACGAUGUAAAAGGGAGGAUCAAGUUGGUUCCCGUCGGUGAGAGAAGGGAAUGGAAUGAUGUGACUAGUUCGUAUAUGGAUGUGGUUUAUAAAGGUGGUGAAGGUUAUGCAGGGAUUUUACUAGGCUCAGCACCUUGGCCUCAUCCUUCGAUCUUCAUCUACGACGCAGCGGGUUUCUUCUGGAUCACCGUCAAGUCCAAAGUAGAAGAAAACUUCCCUCACUUGAACCCUCUCAGAUUGGUCGCAUAUAAUCCUCUACCCAUCGGUGAAAUCUUAUAUCUCGCUGGAGAAGAGAAGAACGGUUCUUUACGAUUCCUCGAAAAGGCUUUGGAAGAUUAUCCAGAGGUUAAGAACGCACCUCAAGUCAAUUUGCUUCAAGGAGGCUUGGACGAAUCCAAUCCCGAUAUCAAUUCUCAAGCAGCUUUCCUCACCAAGUUUACGGAAGCUUACAAAGCCUGCGUAUUUGAAUCGGAUAAAUUACUUGAGAUUCCAGGAUACGCCCCAUUCUAUUCAUUCGAAAGUUGGUCAUUGGAAAUCGACUGGUCCUCCACCGCCGAAAUAGCCUGGACUCAAUAUCUCCAAGGUUGGCAAUCAUGCGUUUCAUUACCCGAAACUUGGAUUACAUGUUUCCCAGCUUCUGUCCUUGAGCCCAAGGCUCUCGAUGCGAUACGACAAGAUGAGUUUUUCACUGGAGGUGGGAAGAAAGAGGUGAUUGAAUUGGGAUGGUAUGAGAGGAAACCUAAGGGUGAUUGGGGGGUGGGUGUCAAGGAGUUUUUGGAUAAGCAAAGAGAUCAAUCGGUGGUUUAUGUUAGCUUCGGUACACUCGUCAAUGCCGGUCCAACCCUUCCAGCCCUCUUCGACCUCCUUGAAGAGACCAAAACACCCUAUAUCUACGCAUGUGGUAAACAAAAACAUUCCUUACCGCAACAUAUCAAGGAUACUCUCGAAUUCUCCGAGAAAGAAGGUAUUUGUAUCGCACCGGAUUGGGUAGACCAAGUGGGCGUAUUGUCCCAUAGGGCUAUUGGUUGUUUUGUAAGUCAUUGUGGGGCGAAUUCUGUGGUUGAAGGUGUAGAAGCGGGUGUACCGAUUAUUUCAUGGGGUCGAAGAGGUGAUCAAGUCAUGCUAGCUUCCCAAAUCCAUUCUUCGGGAUUAGGUAUCGAGCUCCUCCAGCACCGUACAGGUCAUUCAGUAGGUAAAGAGGUAGCUCAUCGAAAGGGUAUCGUCAUACAUGGUACGCAAGAUGCACUGAAAGAGGAAGUUCGAAAUGCUUUGGAGAUUGUUAACGGACCUGAAGGAGAGGAAAUGAGAAAGAGAGCCAAAGCGUUGAGUAAGAGGAUGGAUGAGAAGAGAAAGGGGGAAUGGUUGGAGAAUAUCAAAAAGUUUGGGUUGUACGGUAGAGACUAG